GUCCUAGUCCCUAGGCUUAGCUGACAGGGUACUUCUCGAAUUCCACCCAGUACUGUAAGCAAAUGACAAGCCGCACGGGGGCGAACUACAAAUCCCGGCAUGCAGCACUUUCAUUGCCUGCCCGGAGGUAGCGCAACGUUUGACUGGGACUGUAGGCGACCACUGCAACCACUGGUUGAUUUCAGCCAGGGGAAAUAAGAGCCUUUCGGCCCACGUUCCAGAGGGCUAGCUGCGAUUCUAAGUCGCUGUCAAGACCCGGCUUUCGACGGCCUUCUCGGCUCUCUGCCAGCCCUAGCCAUAAACGGCACCCUACUGCCGCGCUGCCGAGGUCCUUCUCUCGGCUCCUCCAGCCUGCAGGGCUGUCUUCCUCAGCGCCUGAUCGCAGGAGGGGCCGUCCAGCAUCCCACGUUUAACGAAAAGUGUCGAGAUAGGGACUAGCGCGGACUCGACGGCAGGAGGAGGAUGGCCCGGACACUGCCGACUGCCAGGCUUGGCAGGCGGAGGCUGGGACACCCCACGGCAGGGGGCGUGAGCCCCGAAGGGAGGCGCUACGAGGGCUGGAGGCUGCGGCCACGGCCAUUGCUCUGGGCGUUCGUGCUGGCCGCGGCGCGCUGGCUGGUGCGGCCCAAGGAGAAGAGCGUGGCGGGCCAGGUGUGCCUCAUCACGGGCGCCGGCAGCGGCCUGGGCCGCCUCUUCGCGCUCGAGUUCGCCCGGCGCCGGGCACUGCUGGUGCUUUGGGACAUCAACACCCAGAGCAACGAGGAGACGGCGGGCAUGGUGCGCCACAUCUACCGCGACCUGGAGGCGGCCGACGCCGCGGCGCUGCAAGCUGGAAAUGGUGAGGAAGAAAUUCUGCCCCACUGUAACUUGCAGGUUUUUACCUACACCUGUGAUGUGGGAAAGAGGGAAAAUGUCUACCUGACGGCAGAAAGGGUCCGCAAGGAGGUCGGCGAGGUCUCAGUCCUGGUCAAUAAUGCUGGAGUGGUCUCUGGGCAUCACCUUCUGGAAUGUCCCGAUGAGCUCAUUGAGAGAACCAUGAUGGUCAAUUGCCACGCACACUUCUGGACCACAAAGGCUUUCCUUCCUACCAUGCUGGAGAUUAAUCAUGGUCACAUUGUGACAGUUGCAAGUUCCUUGGGAUUGUUCAGUACUGCCGGAGUUGAGGAUUAUUGUGCCAGUAAAUUUGGAGUGGUGGGUUUUCACGAAUCCCUGAGCCAUGAGUUAAAGGCUGCUGAAAAGGAUGGAAUUAAAACAACGUUGGUUUGCCCUUACCUUGUAGACACGGGCAUGUUCCGAGGCUGCCGAAUCAGGAAAGAAAUUGAGCCUUUUCUGCCCCCGCUGAAGCCUGAUUACUGUGUGAAGCAGGCCAUGAAGGCCAUCCUCACCGACCAGCCCAUGAUCUGCACUCCCCGCCUCAUGUACAUCGUGACUUUCAUGAAGAGCAUCCUCCCUUUUGAAGCGGUUGUGUGCAUGUAUCGGUUCCUAGGAGCAGACAAGUGUAUGUACCCGUUCAUUGCUCAGAGAAAACAAGCCACAAACAAUAAUGAAGCGAAAAAUGGCAUCUGAGGAUCUUUUUUGUACGGAGUAUCGUUUCUAUCAGAAGACGAUCCAGGUGUUUCAGUCCGACACACAUCAGCAUUACUGACAGUCUCUGGAUUCUAAACCCACGUCGACUUUUUUUUUUUUUUAAUCAACUUUAAAAAAUAAAUAAAUGAAGUGCAAAUUAACCGACUAGAAGACUUGGAAACGUGAUCAGCAAAAGUGAGCUUAUGUAGUUGCCAACAGGGUCCUUUGAGGCAGAACCCUGAAACCUGUCCUAUCUUUUAGACAAGCACUGUGUGACAUCUCCAGGCUACCAUUAUUUUUCUUAAAGAGCAGAAAGCCUAGAGAUGGGAACGACAGUGUGUUUCACCUGUGUGGUUGGUUUUUGUUUUUUUUUUUUUUAAUAUCCGUAGAGUUUAUUAAUUCUUGUAAUUAAACUCUAGCCAAUUGACACCCUUGCAACUUCAAGGACUGCUAGUGCUAUAUUUUCUCAUGUUUUCUAAGUUUCAGUUUUGCAAAGCCCAUGGGGCUGCUUGUGGUGUUUGUGUGUACAGCUCUUUUAAAAAAGGAAUUUUGAAAUCUCCAUCAAUUUGAAGUAAAUGAUGUUUGAUUAUUACAGUAACGGGAUCAGGUCUCUUUCUUAAAGUCAUAAGGACUAAAGCGUUAGCCGAAGUUUUAAUUUUGUCUCUGAAAUCUUUCCUUAAAGCUCUAUUCCUCUGGAGACCUACUUAUCCACAAAGGUCAUACAUUUUCUACCUGUGAAUUUUGCUGCAUACAGAAAGUGCCCUUUCCUCAGGAAGUUGCUGUGUUUCAUUUCUUUGAAUGGACUUUUAUCUAGAAUACAUAGCAGCUCUGCAAAGGAAUAGUUUCUAAAAAUGGGAACUUCUGCAUUAAAAAAAGGUCCCCAUUUUUGUGCCAACUAUGAUUAGUGAGGGGGAAAAAAUCAUUCUAUGGAGUACGUAUUGGAAGGGUGUAAAGAUUCUUUUGAAAGUUUUAUUCACAUUGUAGAACAGCAAUUGACAUUUUUACAGUAUUUUUUUGUAAAGCAAACUAUUUUGUGCCUUGAAUUUGGUAAAUGUGUAUUAGUGAAAUGUUGUUAAAGUGGACUUCUACCUCUGUAUCUAAAUGUAUACCAUCCACUUGUAAAUUACUAUAAACUAUUAUGUGAUUGCUUUUUUUUUUUUUUUAGAAUGUCUUGUUUAAAUAGCAACCAAUGUUUAAGGCUAUUAAAAUAAGCCAUCUUUUACUAAUUAAUUGGGAAGUUUUAUAAAGGACUGAUUAAAUUUAAAGAAUUAACUUACAUGCCACUGACUGUGUGAUUACUAGUGAUCAGCAAUAUUCUAGAGAAAAUCAUUGCAUUCAUAUCAGACCUUAAAGAAAAAAACUGCUUGAAUGGGAUAAUGUUCAAGAACAGCCAUUAACAAUUUAGGGUGCCAUACACUCAAAUUUCCUUUGUUACCAUACACUUUGAUGAGAUACUUUAUCAGGGGCUUAUUAACCCUGAAAGUGGGAGAAUAGCAUCUCAUUACCUCUGGGAGUUUGCACCACAGAUCAGAUCAGCACUGUAAUCACUUACAGGAAAGUCCUGCUCACUGUGAGUGUCCCCGACGCUGGUCUUAAGGAAUCACUUCAUUUAUGUUUGAAUUUCUCUAAAAAGAGAAAUGAUAACCAAGUCUGAGGCUAUUAUAAUAAUUGAGGCACUGGCUGCCUCUUAAUUUUCAACUGGGGAUCGAAAGUUUUGAAGUAGUGCUUCCUAACACUGUGGGGUAGAGAGACCGUUUUUACCCAAGUUUAUCCGGUUCCGCCUCCCAGCCAGCCCAGAGCACACUCAGACCAUCAGAGAAAUCUGUGCUACUUUCACGACUCAUUUAUUGAUCUUAAGACUAAGGAGGGUCUUCUUUACAUUUAAUGUUAUUCUCACCCAUUAUAAUUUAAACCUAUUUCUAUUUUCAUUCAGUACUGACCUUAUAAGCUUGUCCAUCUCUAAGUUCAAUAAACCUGAUGCACUGAA